AUGGAUUCAGCCGAAGCCCUCGAGACCUGCACAAUCCCUAGUCCACACGCUAGAAGGAUUGGUCUUCUUGUGAAUGCCCACUAUAAGGGUCGUGUUCGCACUGGAUGCCUUACCUGCAGAUCCAGGAAGGUUAAAUGUGACGAACAGCGACCUAGCUGUCAAAAAUGCAUCAAACUAAAGAAAACAUGCAUUUACGGGCACCAGAGUAGGCGGAGACAAUCGCGAGUGCCCGAGGAUCCGAAGCCGGGAUCACUGCAUUUGGAGGAACAUCCGUCUAGUGCAAGAACCUCACCCGAUAAUGGCGAGACUUUGGUUAGCGAGCAACCUUUCAACAGUGAAAUUCAAACCGGCCCUAGUACUGCCAUGACUCCGCAAGCAUCUGAUGAUGCCCUACCACUUGACCAAAGUCUUCUGGCGCCUCUCGAUGCCGAUGCAUCACAAAACGAUCAGCACACCGUCGAUCAGUUCUAUCAAGAAGAUGAGCGGAAUGUCACGGAGUCUCCAUCUCGCUUCGAGCUUACUUCGCAACAUAUCUUUCUGACACUAGCCAUGGAUUUGGGGCCCUUGGAAGAUCCGACUCUGACUCCAUAUCGCUACUUCAUUGAAAAUGUGGAAUCUCCCAUUAUCUCACCUUUUGAUUCUUUCAACUGGAAUAGAAUCAAAAUCCAUGUCGCCCAAUUGGGAUUCAAAGAGACUUGCGUGGCUACCUCCAUUCUGGCCGUACAAGCUCUGUAUAGGGCCCAGGCUGAUCGUCUACCCAUGUCACAUGCCAUGUCACUAUACCAAGCUGCUGCCGCCGAAUUUGAAUCGAUCUCGAGCAACGAUGCUGUUGACUUUAAUACCGUCCUUGUCGUCGUGUUCCUCCUUUCUCUAUCCGUUGUCACGCUUCCUAACGAGGAUAGUUCUGUAUUUGGAGGACUGGACGGCCAGUUCGUGACAAGAUUGGAAACUUGGUUACUGACUCACGAUCGCUCGCCUGUUUCCUUGCGGAUUGGCGCCUGGCUACAAUUCAUUGACACUGCAACUAAACGCGCGGGAAAUCCUGGCCUCCUUCCUGGGCAAGUGUCUAGUCUUCUUCAACGCCACGUGAUGCAUCCUCCCAGUCUAUCUCUACUAGAACGCGAUCAAAAUUCAACAAAUGUAUUGUACGAUACUGUCAGCGCUCCUCUAUUUGACUUCUACCUCGAACUUCAGAAGAUUUCAAAUCGCGUCGCUGAUUUGAGCCACUAUCGCCGGUCACGAAUCACCCCAACAGACCAGGCAGAAGUAACCGAAAUCUCCGACGGUCUGAAAACACAGAUGUCAUCUCUAUGGGAAGCUCGACCGGGCCCUUUGCGGCUACUACCAGGCGAACUUCGAGAUCAUUUGAGCCAUACGAUAGUAGACCCGCUCAUUGCCCUUGCCGGUUUUUGCACGGCAGCAUACCUUGCUGAAGUUGUCGCGCUUGGUCGGACCCUUGGGGAUCCUCCAUUUGCAUCACCCGAAGCCAUAGAAGCCAUGAGCAAAAUGCGAGAUAUCGUCGAAGGAGAUUGGAACGCCUCGAGUGGCGAUGCACUCAACCCGGGAUACCUUCGACCGCUUUUUGUGUAUGCCAUCGAAAGUUUAUCAAAAGAGGAAACCUUAUGGGCGCAAACCGGCCAGACUCAUCGCAUCUCGCGCGCAUCUUCAAUUCAAUCCAACAUUCAAUCCAACCACCCAAGAUGCUGUCACGCAAUAUCGCUGGUCGCAUACCAGUUCGGGUGCGACCAUUACAACCGUCAAGGCAUCCCGCAUCACACUCACUCCGACCAUUCACCCACCGAACUCGACUGCAAAUCUCCCCCGCCGUCAGGUCGCCCACAGCUACAAUUCCUCUCACCACAACCACUCUCACGACCUGUCCCCCCGCUUUCAAUUCACCUGCGCAAGCAUUUCGGCCGCUUAGUAUCAACGACUAGUCGCGAGCACUACAAGAAACGCUUCAGCUACACCGUGAAGACCACCCUCACCCUAUCCGCCAUUUUCUUCCUUUUCUCAAUCGUCAAGCUCGGCGUAUACCAAGAAGACAUCGAGCACAAAUGGCCGUCACCGCCGGAAUGGUCCUGGAAGUCUCGCUGGUGUCUCCGCUCCGCACAGGCCCUGCAACACCCUGAGUACACAAACCGCCUCUUAACCGAUUGGCCCAUGGUAGCAGGCUACCUCAAGGAACUCAUCGAACGACUGGAGAACGUGGAAGGCGAAGGCGCGGGUAUUUUUGAGCAAGGAGACGGGGGAUUCCUCGUCGAGGGUGUCGGCCUCACAGGCCUCGAUAUCUCCGCUAAAAGCGAGCCCUGGCGUCGUGGCUAUUUCCAGGCUCUUCUCGGCGCUGCAAAGGCCGCUGAGAACCUGGAGGGAUGGUUGACUGAUAAGAAACAGCGUGUCUCUGCCCCAGCGGAACAUGUCAUCGGUCCUUCAAACCCGCGUCCGAAGCCCAUGCCCGCGGCUGCAAACUACGUUAUCCACGAGGAGGAUUGCGAGGUUGCGUCCCCGCCGCCAGAGAAGUUCUACAUGAAAAUCCUGACGACAAACGGCUUCGAAACGAACCAGAAGGUUGAGGCUGCACUUGCUUACGCCGACUGGCUCGAUUACAAGGCCGCGGGUGGCAUCGAAGGCGGCGCGGAUAACCUCAUCGACCUGAAAACGGGCGUGUUGAAGAAUACCAGCCCCGAACCACCAUCCGAGAACCUGAUGCGCGUCUCAACCGCAUUGGCCGUCCACAACGCCCGCCAGGGUGACCUACCAACCGCCCUAUCCCUCUUCACAUCCGUUCUCAAAGCCUGGCGCAGUCUCCCACUGGUCCAAGAUCAUCAAACCCUCACACCACCAACACAAGGCUUCAACCCCCUCGCCCCUGUAUUCAAUCUCUUCUCAACAGUCUUCAUCCCAGCCGAAUACCCACCCGCAUCCCCAACAGGCAAUGACCCACCAACCCGCACAACAGGCUCAAUCUGCCACGAAGCAGGCCUGAUGGCCUACAUCGGCGAAAUCCUCUACGCAUCCUCAAGUCGCGAGCACGGAUUAGCCUGGACCCGCGACGCGGUCGAAAUGUCCGAGUCAACACUCAUGAGUCUGCACAAUUCGCCCGAUCUGGCAUCCCGCGGCCGCUGCGCACAGUGUCUAAAGGUCGGACUGGAGAACUGGCGAACGAUGGUUUCGGCGCUGGUUGAAAGUGCGCGCGAGGAGCAGGUUGAGAGUCUUGUUUCGGCGAAGAAGGCUUGGUAUGGUGGAGCUAAUCAGGCGAAGGAUAAGGCUGAGCAGUUGAGGAGGUGGGAGGCUGAACGGGAUAUUCUCCAGCAUCGGAUUGAGGAGGUUUUCCCUUUGCUUGAUGGGGAGGGAGGGCUUGAUACGCUUGCUAGUGGCGAUUCGGGGCUUUUCGUGUAA